AUGGAAAUUUUUAGGCAUCACAUUUUAGUCUUCAAAUUACUAUGGAGUUUCGAUAAGGAUGACAAAGGCUAUUCUGAAAUCAGUAUUAAAAGAUGGGAUCGUCUAUCGUUUAAAUGGAUCUGCAAAAAUAGAUAUAUGAAUCUAUUGAAAUACUGGAUGUCGAUACACUAUGAUCUUUGUGUGGAGCUAGAGAGAACUGUAUUGAAGAAGCUACCAAUGUCACUCGACAAGUAUGACGAACGACUCGAUCUGUACACACCUCUGAUUAACUUUUCUGGCUUACAGUAUUUCCUUCGUUACAAUACAGACUUUAAGAUGCUAACCGACAUCUAUGAGAAUUUCAAUAGCUACUUUCAACUGGCAAUGAAACUCGUCAAAUCAAACAAUAGCAAGUCCUACAAUGUGUUAGAGGAAGCAUGUUUUUCUGGCAAUAAGCAGAUAGUUGAAUUUCUGGUUGACAAAGGAUUCACUCAUCAAAUUAAACAUAGACUGCUUAAUAAUGCAUGUGUUUCCAACAACAUCGAGACUGUAGAUUAUGUAAUGACUCUGGACACCUUCACUAUCACAGAGGUGAACCAGAUUUUUAAUGGUCGUAGUGAUAAGCAUGCAAUCAAAGAAGAUAUAGUGAUACAUGUUUACCAAAAGAUGUCAUCACAGACCGAGAUAAUCAUCAGCAUAUUUACAUUUAGGAAAUUCAUUAGAAAUAACUAUAUGAAAUUGUUGAAUUUAAUUUUGACGGAAAAAUAUACAUUUAAAACCGAAGAACCUGAGAUUAUUGGUUACUUGUCAUUGUUGGAUGAAACAGUACAGGUUGGUUUGGAAAUGUUUUAUUUCGUUCAGAAACAUUUCUCUGAUAUCAUUAGCGGCUCAAUGGUAAUCACUGCAAAUCGUUGUUCCGAGUUGGUAGAUCUGUUGGGUCACGAUUUCGAGUUGUUGGCAAAGUAUUACCCAAAGAAUGUUCCAGAAUACGAAGCACACAAAUCACAGGCCGACGCAAUCAAGCGUAACAAUCUGAAGACACUACAAUGGUUGGUAGCUUUCGAGGGUCCUUCGAAAUUCAAUACCGGAAUUAUCUAUGACUAUGCUCUGCGAGGUAGAGAUUUGGAUAUUAUCCACUUUGUCUCUUCAAAGUACAUCGAUAAGCAGAUCUACGAAGGUGAGAGGACCAAAACUAUAAAUGCGAUAGCGCAAGUCGGUGACAUUCAAGUAAUGAAAAUCAUUCAUGAUAUGGGUUGUGAAUUUACACCAGAGGCAAUGACCAUUGCAGCCAGACACGGUCAUUUGGAACUGGUGAAAUUCCUCAAGGAGAAUCGCACUGAGGGAUGUCAACCAUAUACUGUGGCAUGGUGUAUUCAAGCUGGCCAAACAGAGGUAGUAGACUAUCUACUAGAGAAUUGUCUGUCGUUUCUAGAUUUAAAAUCGAUCGAUCCCAUCAAGAAUGCCUGUCGGCUUGGCGAUCUUCCAAUGCUGAUCAAACUUCUCCGCUAUGGAUUUUCCAUUGAUACCGGUGCCAUGGAUGAAGCUGCCGCAGCCUACCAACUGCACAUUGUUGAUUACCUCCAUCAAAACAGAACAGAAGGUUGCAGUCCGCAUGCGAUUAACCAAGCUUCGUUCAAUGGAUACAUUGAGAUUGUUCGAUACCUCAGUGAGAAGCGUAAAGAAGGUUGUUCUCACAUUGCGAUGGACGGUGCCAUACAGAACGGACACAUGGAACUGCUGAAAUACCUGCAUGCCAACAGAACUGAGGGAUGUAGUCACGUCGGUAUCGACAAAGCCAUUGCAAACAAUCAAUUCGAAACGGUACGAUUCGUGGUGGAGAACAGGCGAGAGCGAUGGACAGAGCGAGGAAUACGCUACGGUCUGGAAAAGAAAAACUUUAAGCUGGUGCGUUAUUGUUUGAAAAAUCAACCGCUUGAACCCACAACAGAAUUGACAACGGAAAUCUUCAAAAACACCAAACUAACCAACCUGUUCCUCUUUAACCUUGGACUAAUAGAAAAGCAAGUGAUAAUCAAUCGAUUGAAAGCUCUCAAUACAUCCAAUACCAUUGAUUAUGAUCAAGUCAUAUUUAAUUCAAAUCUCUUAGAUUUACCAUUUCCUAACUUAUCAAAUACGUAA